AUGGAUGAAGAUGAUAUUUUCGAUGAUAUAAAUGACGAUGAAGAGUUGGUGUAUAAAUCAUUUUCAGAAGCAAGAUAUGCAGAGUCUAAGAAAAAGAGAAAAUCAACUACUACAGCAAACGCAUCUACUACAUCAAAGAGAGUAUCAACGAAUAGAUCUACUGCGACUAAUAGUCGUAUAGGUAAUAGUAGUAGUAGCAGCAGUGUAAAGAAAGUUACAAAUAACAAUAAUAAUAAUAAUAGUAAAAGUAAUAAUAAUUCUAGUAAUAGUAGUAAUCGCAGUAUUACUACAAAUGUAAAUAAUAAUAAUAAUAAUAAUAAUAAUAAUAAUAAUAAUAAUAAAAGAACAAGUGUAAAUAAACCAUUAAAUAGUAAUAAUAAUAAUAAUAAUAAGACAAAAGAUAGUAGUGUUUAUGAUUUAGAUAAUGAAAAUGGUGAUGAUGAAUCGACAGAGGAUGAACUCGAUCAAGAUGAAGAUAGUAAGGUAUUGGAAACUAAAUUAAAACAAUCGUUUCAAUUUACAGUGGCAAAGAUAUGCGAAAGAGAAAUAGAGAAGCUGCCUAACAAGACAACUGUAACUCCUCAUGCUAUAAAAACAGUUUCAGAAUUAAUAUAUCAAAUAGCAAAGAAGGAAGUAAGUAGAGAUCUCGCAAUGUUUUCCAAGCAUGCCAAAAGGCAAAUCAUUAAUGGUGAUGAUGUUUUAUUGAUGGCAAGAAAGAAUGAUUCAGUUUAUAAGAAAGUAUUAGCGAAAAGAAAGGAAUUACAAAACAGUAAUAAUAUUAAUAAUAAUAAUAAUAGUGGUGGUGAUAGUAAUCUUUCGAGACAUUUCGAAAACAAUUUAUUUAAAGAUACAGAUGCAGAUUUAGAUGAAGACUUUGAUUAUCAGACAACUACUACUACAACAACAACAACAAAGAAUACCAACAAAUUUAAACCUAAAGAAAAGAGUCAAAGUAUAUUCGAUUCUGAUCUCUUUUUAGGAUCGUCUGAUUCAGAUUUAGAGAAUAUUGUCAAUCAGAAUAACAAUAACUACUCUCACAUUAAUGAUGAAGAUAAUUUAUUUAAUGAUUAA